GUGAUGAGCCUGCUGUACCUCCUCAUCCUCCUGGCUGUGUACACACCUGCACAUGGCACCUGGGACAACUGCAGAGGGACCUGUGGGCAGCGGCCCAUGGCUUCUGACUACAACUCCAUAGCUGCUGACUACAGAAUCAUGGCUGGCACAGGCGCCCUGCCGGGGGCCUGGCCCUGGAUUGUCAGCAUCCAGGACCCCAGGAAAGAUGGCAGCGGCCACACGUGUGGAGGGUCCCUCAUCAGCCCACAGUGGGUCCUCACAGCAGCCCACUGCUUCCUCCAGGCCAGGAACGUCACCAAGUGGCGCGUGCUGAUCGGGGCCACCCAGCUGAGCCACCUGGGCCCCGAGGCUCAGGUGCGCCACGUCAAGAGGCUGCUGGCCCACCAGGAGUACACGGCUGACUCCCAGCAGAAUGACAUCGCCCUGCUGGAGCUGGACCAGCCCGUGGAGUGCAGCGACUACGUGCAGCUCGCCUGCGUGCCCAACGCCUCGCUCACGGUGUCGGAGCUGAAAACCUGCUACAUUGCUGGCUGGAGUUCUGCCAGUGCUAAAGCUCAGGGUGCCAGUGAUGUCCUGCAGGAAGCCAAGGUCCGGCUCCUGGAUGUCCGGCUGGUCAACAGCAGCCGCUGGUACGCCGGGGCCAUCCACACCCACAACCUGUGUGCUGGCUACCCCCGGGGUGCCAUGGACACCUGCCAGGGUGACAGUGGAGGGCCUCUGGUGUGCAAAGAUAACCGUGCCAGCUACUUCUGGCUGGUUGGAGUGACCAGCUGGGGAAAAGGCUGUGCGAAAAAAGCCAAACAGCUGGGAGUCUACACCUCCACUCAGUACUUCUACAACUGGAUCCUGAUCCAGAUGGGAGCCAACGCCAACACCCACAGAGGCAGGCUGCUCUACUACAGCCAGCACUCAGCAGCCAACUGA